CAAGUAAAGGUCAGUUCUUCUGUGUCUGGAUCGCAAGGAGGAAAGUGGACUCCGUGCAGAGAUGAUCAAGCCAACUUUCUGCGUUUUCUUUGUCCUUCUGGCUUGCUGUGUGGUUCUCAUGCAAGGAUUGCCUACCACCAACAAAUGUUUAUGCAGAGAAGGAAUGCUAUCCGUGAACAUGGGCCGUGUGGCUAAAAUUGAGUACUACAGGCCAACCAGUAGCUGUGAUCAAGAAGAACUGCUGGUGACCUUUAAAAAUGGCCAAAAACUAUGUCUGAACGUUAAGGGGGACCAAGGAAGGAGAAUUAAAGAGGCAAUUAUGAAAAAAAGGAACGUCAAUCAAGGAAGUUCAGACUAAGUUCUGGAGAAGCUGCUUCACAAAUGCUUCUCUUCCUAUAGAUAUGUAAUCAGCUUCUGAAGAUUCAUAAUUGAUAACCCAUAAUCCAUGAACCUGAUUACUGAAUAAACCCAAAUUCUGCAUUCCCACAUACUCAGAUAAUAAAUCUACCAAACUGGCUGACUGAAUAUUUCAAUAAAUGUCAUUCUGCUAUUCUCUGUCUGGUCUUUAUUCACACGAGUAGGUCCUCAAAAUACAUUUAACCUGAUUGCUGAAUAAACCCAAAUCCUUUGGUUGUCAGAUACUCAAAUAAUAAAUUUACCAAACUGGCUGACUUUCACAACUCAUAACUCUGACAUAAAAGACAGCUAUUGCCAUUGUAGAAAUGUUAGCAUGCAGAUUUGUAUCUGUUCUUGUUCAAUGUACAAUGCUUGUAUUUUUCAACCAAUCUCAAGUCUCAGGCACAAAAUUGACACGAUUUUGAAUGUGUGUAUUUGUAUUUCACUUGCGGGAUAUUUUGUUGGAAAAUUACAUCAUCUGACAGAUGAGGCAUCUGCAAGAGAGUUU